UUACCUGCUAAGCGCAAUCGACUGUAGUUUCGCGCGAUUCUCGUUGGAAGAAGCUCGUUCCGCGAUCCGAUCCUUCAUCUAUCCGUUUCAAACAGUCUCGCGGGUAUAUUCAAUGUGCGAUCUUGAACUUGAAAGAGUAGAACACAGUCAGCCAGACGUUUAGAAACAUAGCCUAGACGCUUAAAUAAUAAUUCUUCAGAAUUGGUUCGUUGAACCAGAAGCGAAGCGGUUCGUUGUUAUCACUUCCAGGCUGUAAGUUGGCUCGAUUUCGUGGCUCCAUCACGCGACAGCGCCUUAAGACGCGAAAAUAGAGUCUGUAGAUCGCCGAUGCAGGCGACGCGACGCCGGCAGAACGUAGCUAUACGAGUUUAGUCUUUAACUGGAAGCAUCCGCGUGCGGAACAAGCCACCUCCUCGUACUCAUCUUUCGAUCGAACAGUGCCGAGAUAGUCAGUGCGAUUCUUUCGUCGAAACGAAUCAAUUCAGUCGGUCGAGGAACGAUGCAACAAGUGCAUCGAAUCGGAGCCGAUGCGUGGAAUUUUCCUCGAUCGAGUGAAAAUUCCUGAUUCGAUCGAUCGUUGCACGAUCUUCCAACGAGUCACGAGCAGACGGUGGCCUUUCCGAAUUCGACCUCUCUCAGGCUCGAUCUUUUCUUCGAAUCUUUUGAUGCGUCGAAUUGUAUCGACCACGACGACGACGAGCAUCGAAAAGCGUUCGAAGCGACUCGAUAAAUCGCGAAUCGUUAGCGAAUCCAAGAGGAGAUCCUAGGCAGAGAGGAGUGGUUCGAAGUGGAAUGGAAACGAAAACGGACGAGCCUCGAAUGGGCGAUCUCGAUGAAAAUCCGUUCGAUUGGAUGAUCUGUAAAAGCGGUGCCCGUCGAAUAUUCGCCGAAAGCUUGCUCUCUUGCGUUCGAUACUGCGCGAACCAAGUCCCAAAGAGAAUGACCCUGGAUCGGCUGCGAAUCCUGGCCGCGUUGCUGGUUAUCCUUAUGCCCAGACCUCUAACUUACAUUCUGUUAUAUCCAAUUUUCAGAUUAGUCUUCGGCAAUUUAUACCCGGCCUACGCAUCCUACAAGGCGGUUAGAACGAAGAAUGUAAAGGAAUACGUGAAAUGGAUGAUGUAUUGGAUCGUAUUCGCGCUGUUCACUUGCGCGGAAACCUUCACAGACGUAUUCUUCAGCUUUUGGUUCCCCUUUUAUUAUGAAAUUAAGACGAUCCUAGUAGUAUGGCUGUUAAGCCCAGCGACGAAAGGUUCGAGCAUCCUGUAUCGGCGGUUCGUUCACCCAGCCUUGAUCCGGCGCGAAGCUGAGAUCGACGACGCUUUGGCUCGCGCAACCGAGCAAGGUUACACGGCGGUGUUACACCUCGGCACCAAGGGUGUCAAUUACGCCACCACCGUGCUAAUGCAAACCGCCAUCAAGGGUGGUGGCGGUUUGGUGCAGCAUCUGAAGAAAAGCUACAGCCUGAGCGAUCUGACUGGCGAGAAGGAGGACGAGAAUAGAAACACGCCGCACAUGCACGACGAGACGGACAUGGAAGUGGAGCCUCGUCGAAGAGAACACGUCGGGAGAAGAAGUUACAGUCCUCGUCGCACGCAGUCGAGUAGCAACCGCGUGGAGAUGUACUUCUCCGAGGUGGAUGUGGAUGUCAGACAGCCGAGAUCCAGGGAACCAACGGCUAGCUUAACUAAUAUAAGGUCCUCGGACGAUAUUUCCAGCGGUUACAGUAGCGGAGAAGCGUUGCAAUCCACUCGUACGUUGCAGGGUGACUCGUUAGUACGAACGUCGAGCGUCGGUGCAAGAACACGGGCAAAACCUCGCUCUGCCACGAAGAAGACCACAGAGGACUCAGGAGAGGAUACCGACGGCAACGAUCCUCAUUCCUCCACAAACAUCUCAUUUCCGUCACCUUUGACUCGCGUGACUCCUGAACAAGCUCUCGAGAUCUUGCUUCUGCUCUCGCAAAACAGCAAUGUUGCUGAUUAUAUCAAACUCGAUCGUGGCCUCUUUCUCGCAGGUAACAACGAUCAUUCGCACGAAAAUACCAGUCAAUCAGGCCCGCAGUCAUGUGGAAAGGAAUCGGAAUCAAUCGAGCCCGUUUCAGUCGCGGAGGUGCAAAUUAUUCAGAGUAUAGAAACGAAAACUGUCGCUGAACAUCCGUUGCCUAUAAGUAGCAUAAAUAACGAUGCACAGGUAGAACAAAUUAAAUUAAAAGACGAAGAAAUUGAAGCAAAGAUUACAGACGUUCCAUCGACAGCCCCUGAAGAUUCCGUCGAUGAUUCGAAUCGCACGGUAAGCGACGAGCUGUGUCAGAAUAAAUUCGACGAACUGAAGCAGCUUCUCAGUGAUGCUCGCAAAGCUGUUAACAGUAUCGUGCACACUCAAGAAUCGAGUGUCACGGAGAUAACCGUACCUGAAAAAGAUUCGUCGUCGAAUGUGGACAUCAAGGAAGUGGAGAAUACCGAAGACGUUAAGAUAACCAGCUUCGCUACCCUCCCCCGCAGCAAGAAGACAAGCAAGAAGAAGGUGGCAUGAAAUUUAGGAACGGCUGCUGAUCGCAUCAAGGAAUAAGAGCGAACAUCGUCCUCGCACUACGAAGUGCAACGAUACAUGAUCAGCAGCGAAAUCUCACGGAACGCGUAUAAAUGCAUAAUGCAUCUAACGACGUUGUGUGCUAGCACUAGCAUUACUCGGAUCGUUUGUACAUAUUUGCCUCGUGAUACGAAAUUCUUCUCGAUUUACGUUCGAGUAUCCUUAUUAAAUAUUAAAACCUUCUGCUCCAAAGGAUUUAUAUGCAGUUUUAACAAUUUAAUUAACGUUUCUUUCUAUUUGCCAUUGGUAUUUUAUUAUUUUAAUACUAGCUGUAUAUCGAAUUUCAAAGUAUCGGCUUUAAAAGACAAAAUGAAUAAUUGUUAAAUAAUCGAUGGUUUGUCAUAAAUAGCACCGUUGUUCACGGUCAUCCAAAGGAUUCGUGGUUUCACCUAAUUGCUUUCGAUUGCAUAACGUUAUUCGGGUCAUCAAGUAAGAUUCGAACCGAGUUUUUAUAUGUAUAUGAUAACGGAAUGGUGAACGAUAUCAGAGGAGAGGAAGGAAGCAGUGUGCUUAUUGCACUCGAUCAAUGCGUUGCUUAGGAUCAAGCGUAGAUUUCACCGACAAAGACACGCGAUGUGUCUCCGAUAUAUCCAGGAAAAUCGCAUGGAAUUCUGUUUCUAAGCUUUUCUAUAAUGUAGUCUCGAUGUUUUGUAAGGCGAUUUGUCAGGGGCGCGUGAUGAAACAAGGAGGAGGUUGCGUUUAAUGAGAAAGAAAUGAAUUCUAGUCAGCAAACGAUACUUACUCAGGCAGCUGUCGACUAGUGCCACUUGAAAUUUUCUUAGUUAGCGAUUGUUUAACGAGAACCGUAAAGAUUAAACCAGAAACUAUCGUACGAAUUGGGUAUUUUUCACAGGAAUUAGAAAACGAAUUGCUGCGCAUAUUUGUAAAAACAGUAGGUGAUAAUUGUAAGGUCCCGGUAACGACAAAUUUAUCCGAAACGCUGUUGAACAUUAGCGUGUGAUAAUUCUUCGAUUUUAUAUGCUUCUAUUAGAGAGGGUUCAAACUAGAACGGAGCAGAGAUGAAGGAGACGUACCUUGCGUUUUCUACUUUCAAGAAAGAUUAACUUGCACUUCCUUUAAAGUCUAAGUUUUGUUCAUUUUUACCAUGGUGAUGUAUAUUAAUAUCGCGAAACUUAAUUUGUUCGUAACCAAUUUGAUCCUUGAACCCUCGCUUGGAUCUAGUGCAUAUUACUCUCGUAAUUGCAGCUGUUCAUAUUUUUAUUUGGAUGCACGAUUAUCGUGCGGAGGAUUUACGCACAAGCGCUGCAACUAUUUCAAAGUAGAAGCGGCAAAAUAUUUAAUUACGAAUGUUAAUGAAUUCGUUCAUAUAUAUCAUUUAGGGAUCUGUUAUUGUAUAAUUGUUGUUUUUAUCAUUGCACAUUCUGUAAAAUAUUCACGACUGUAAAUGAUUAGGAAAAAAUGCAGCUGAUGCGAGGAAUUAAUUUUUCUUUCAGAAUUUGAAAGGAAGCAAUCAAAGCUUUGACUCUAAGAUCAGAACAUUCGCAAAGGUCUUUUAGCAUUUGCUGCAUUUUUUUUUCAUAAGACCUUGAUAUUUAAAGCUCGCCAGAGAAAGCUAAUUAAUUGCAAUUUACAUGUAUCGUUAAUCCUUAGCUACCUUGAUAUUUGAGUGUGAAUGCAAGUGUAUGAAAAAUUAUGAAAGAAAGUGAAAGAGUGAAAGAAAGAAGAAACGAAUAAGAGAAUAUGCUCAAUUAAGAUUCUUUGCCCAUAUUUAAUGGGAGGAAAGAAAAUUCUUGAACUCCUACGGUAUCUCAAUACUGUUCGGGCUUUGUUCUUUGUAAUUAUUAAGCCUUUUUGGCGCAUCGAUUAUGUGCCGCAAACUAUAUGGUGCUGCAAACUUUUUAAUUUAUUUUAUAGUUAUAUACCCUGGCAGCAUAAGAAAAACGUGUUCUGAAUGUAGAGAAUAUUGAAAAGUUUAUGGAGGGUGUGGAUAGAUUGGUUAACAGUAUUUCGGUUUAAGUAUGUCUGUAGUUAAUAAAGUGACAUUAAAGCAUUAUACAUUAA